AUGAAUAGUGAUUUGAUAACAUGCAUGCUGUUGUUGAUGAAGAUGCGUGGUUUAACUGAUUAUUUUUUUGCCUAUCCUUCUUCACGGGGCAUCUACCUGAGGGAGGCUACUGCUUUCCAACAAUCUACUGAGACAUGCUACUUUUGCAUUUGUCUUUACCAGCUAGGUCUCAGCUUGGACCAAGGGAAAGGAGCCGAUGGAGCAGCAGCACCAGGAGUAGGCUUCUUGAAGCCACCGGAAGAGGCCUCCGGUAGCGGCAAGCACUUUCGCGACGACGUCCUUGAUGCCAGAGCUAAGAAUGUUUUUCAUGGCCAACCAAUGCCUACUACUAUUCCGGAAACUCCACAUCCUCCAACAAUGCGUCCUAGGGUGCGGGCUAGAAGAGGACAGGCUACAGACCCACACAGCAUAGCUGAACGGCUGCGCAAAGAAAGAAUAGCAGAAAGAAUCAGGGCUCUACAAGAACUGGUUCCAAGUGUCAACAAGACGGAUAGAACUGUAAUGUUAGAUGAAAUAAUUGAUCUGCAUUUGUUUAUUUCAGGUACUGCACUUAUUUAAUUGAUCUGUCCUGUUUCUAUCCAAGGAACAAGCUUUUGCCUUCUUCGAUUCCGCCUGCUCUGCUCUUCUGCCCUGU